AUGGCUUUCCCCACACUCUUGAAGAUUGAUGAGGUGGAGUUUGUCCAAACUGCCUAUGGAAAGGAUAUGGUAAAAGUUCUCCACAUUCCGCGAGAUGGAAAAUACCACUCCAUUAAAGAGGUGGCAACUUCGGUGCAACUUACUCUGAGUUCCGAAAAAGAUUACCUGCAUGGAGACAAUUCAGACAUCAUCCUUACAGACACCAUCAAGAACGCAAUCCAUGUCCUGACAAAAUUGAAAGGGAUCAAAAGCAUAGAAACUUUUGCUAUGAACAUCUGUGAGCACUUCCUUUCUUCUUUCAACCAUGUAAUCCAAGUUCAAGUUUAUGUGGAAGAAGUCCCUUGGAAGCGAUUUGAAAAGCAUGUCCAUGCAUUUAUUCGCACUCCCACUGGAACACACUUCUGUGAGGUUGAACAGACGAGGAAUGAAUCUCCAGUCAUUCAUUCCGGAAUCAAAGACCUCAAGUUCUUGAAAACGACUCAGUCUGGAUUUGAAGGAUUCAUUAAAGACCAGUUCACCAUCCUCCCUGAGGUGAAGGACCGGUGCUUUGCCACCCAGGUGUACUGCAAGUGGCGCUACUGCCAAUGCAAAGAUGUGGACUUCUAGGCCACCUGGGAUACUGUUUGGAACAUUGUCCUGGAGAAAUUUGCUGGGCCCUAUGACAAAGGCGAGUUCUCGCCCUCUGUCCAGAAGACCCUCUACGACAUCCAAGUGCUCUUCCUGAGCCGGGUUCCCGAGAUAGAAGACAUGGAAAUCAGCCUGCCAAACAUUCACUAUUUUAAUACAGACAUGUCCAAAGUGGGACUGAUCAACAAGGAAGAGGUCUUGCUACCUUUAGACAAUCCAUACAGGAAAAUUACUGGCACAGUCAAGAGGAAGCUGUCUUCAUGGCUCUGA